GGUCAAAAAACUGAACCACCAGCUCCCAUAUCCAUAUCGUUCGGACGGAGGCAAUAGCCCAUCCAAGGUUUUGUUCAUAUCAACCCCAUUCUCCCUCCCUCCCCUUUGCCUCUUACCCUCUUGCCCUCCCCGAUUGGUGCGGUCCUGGGUGCUGUGCAUUUCCCCGAAUGCAUGGCCGAUCCAGUCUCUUCACUGACGACUGUGGCUUGAAACACGCGUUCUAUGGGCCGGGAAGCCGUAAAAAUAUGCCAGCUCCUACUCACCAGUGCCCAUGAGUUCCACGGCGACAAUAUAUCGACUGCGUCCGAGGCACAAGACCAUGACGAAGGUUGCAUGAUAGACUUGGUUGCGCGCCCGGGUCAAGCUGUUUGGGAGGAUAAAGGUCUCGCUCGAUACACGCCUGACUUGAAGAUGGAUUUUUACGUUGACACGACCGACCGGACUGCUUUCUUUUUACUUCGCGGCCAAUGCAUCCUCAAGACCGGCACUCCCGCAAGUGUUUCAUUGUUUCUGUUCAUCUACCCGGAGAAUAUUCAGUCUCUUGAGAUAUCAUACACUUCAAGCGUGCUUCCUCAUACAGAGGAGCAGGAAGCAGUAUCUCAUAUGGAUAGGUUCAUCCGUCUGCGCUUCAUCAUGACACAGCCGCCCAGGUUGGUAGCGCCCAAGCAUCGGCCUCUACAACCAAAACACGGCUCCGAAGCCCUGUUGGAUGCCCUACAUUCCCUCGCUACAGUUAAAGAUAUUUCCUUCUACCAAGAUCUAUUGUACGGUGGUGCUGGCGGGCAAGUUGUUAACCCGAGGACUGCAAUAUACGAAUCAGUACACUACGAGGUCCAAGAGGCGCAACCAAGCAAUCUCGCCCAUGCUACCUCUAGCGUACUUCAAAAUACUACGCGAAUAUUAACUCAAACGCAUAAACGAUCGGCAAGCCAAAACGCCCCCCAGGGUCAAGAACCAACGCAAUUCUUCCCUCCAUCGGAUCGAAAAGGAAAGCGCCCACGACUCGCAACCCCCUCUGACCUCGCAUCGCCGCCAUCCCUCCCACCCCUCCCUGCCCUCGACGUCAAAGAAGCCUCAACCGACACACGAAAAUUAUUAUUUCUUUUCCAACAGCUUCUCACCAGCAACCUAGCCUCCCUUGCAAAGCGCGUCGAACAUCUCGAAGUCGCCCGUCUCAAUCCUGACCACAACAGCCAAACAUGCCAUCAAAACUGCCGUAUCCGGAAACAAAUCGAUGACGGCAUUGACACCGGAUUGGCCACGGCCUGUUCAAAGCUGGAGGAACUCAAGGAAGAAGUCGAGGAAGAGACAACGAAGGACGUAUUGAGGAGGGUGGCGGGGGUUGUAGUGGAGGCUAUAGAGAGGAGCGGGUGGCUUGGCCCUGGAAGCGCUGGCGCUGUUGGACGUGCUAUCUCUACCUCCAACCACCCAAGCGAAUCGGCCCUCUACGCCGCCGUCGCAGAUGUACAAAAGACCCACGCUGCGGAGAUGAGUGAGGAGGAGAUGGCUAGGGUAAUGGGUCACUUAGAAGAAAACCCCUUGAGCGCGGUCACGUACAACGCCUGUGAAGAGACGAUGAGGAGGUAUUUUGUUAGGCAGUGGAAAGCUGAUACGAGAGCAAGGGGAUGGAGGGGAGGGCCGAGGUAG